AGAGCGGAGUAUGGACUGCGGCGGCCGGAGUCAUGGCAGGACAGGCGUUUAGAAAGUUUCUUCCCCUCUUUGACCGAGUUUUAGUUGAAAGGAGUGCAGCUGAAACUGUAACCAAAGGCGGUAUCAUGCUUCCAGAAAAAUCUCAAGGAAAAGUGUUGCAAGCAACAGUAGUAGCUGUUGGAUCCGGCUCUAAAGGCAAGGGUGGAGAGAUUCAACCAGUUGGUGUGAAAGUUGGAGAUAAAGUUCUUCUCCCAGAAUAUGGAGGCACCAAAGUAGUUCUAGAUGACAAGGAUUAUUUCUUAUUUAGAGAUGGUGACAUUCUUGGAAAGUAUGUGGACUGAAAUCAUUAUUAAAAUGGCAUGAAGUGAAGCUGCCCAUUCCAGUGAAGUUGUGAAAUCUUUCAUCAUGUAAAUAAUUUUCAUGUCUCUUUUAUAAUAAACUAAUAGUAUCCAAACUAAAAAAAAAAAA